AUGGCAACAUCCUCGCGAAUACUCAUUACAACCGAUCACCCAGGCAAAAUCGCACAAGUGAACAAAAGUCCAUCGGGCUCAGCUGAAACAGCCAACCACCUGCUCCAAAGAAACCACGACGAAAACCACAUCUUCUGGCGUGCUGUCGCAGGACACAAUCAUGUCGCACACUCCGUGCUCACGACCCUCGCCCUAGGCGGUGGUCCCGCGGAACUGCAGCGUGCCUUCGAUGACGGAGUCGAUAUUCAGCAACCAAUCCCCACCACCAAUGCCGAAAUCGUUGAACAACUCAGCAACGAAAAUGUAUUUCGCGCACACGUAGGGAAGCUGGAUCAGUAUGGGAAUUUCCUCGCUUUCUUCAGCAAGCAAAUUGAAGCACAUGGGUACCGCACUAUUAUUCAGGAAUAUUGUUUCAGUGGCCCUGGAAUUGGAGAGACGAUGUUCGCACAGCUGUUCGAGGGCUUGUACCACCCUGUCAUUCAUCUUGCGCUGGGAGUCGAGUUUCAGCAGCCCGCUAUAGUGGCUGAGGCGCUUGCUCAGGCGGCAUCGCAUGAUUCGAUGGGGUUUGAGACGUAUUUCAAGCGGGUUGAGGAGCUCGCGCGCGAGGCACCUGCGGCAAGCAUAGGUUCUCGACCACUGGUAGAGCUGUUUCGGGAUAUAUCGACCACUCCGAUGCUUCGCGAUGUAUCACGGGGAUUCGAUGAUGGACCUGCAAGAGUGCGCGAGGGUGUCUUGGGACGAGUGAGGGAGGAGAUGGCUAUAUCAGCAGCACAGUUCAGAGUCGAGCAGUAUGAUUCUGAGACUGUGCAGCGGCGGCUUGCGGAAUCUUUCAGUGUUGCGGCGUAUGUAGCGGGUGCUGCACAGCAACCGGGGAAACCUCGCAAGGUCGAUUUUUUCCAUUUGCACACCAUUACUGCGGCGCUGGCUGUGUCUGCUUUGGUGCAGCAGGAUUGGAUUCCUGUUGCCGUGAAAGCUCGCUUGGUGGAAUGGAAGACUCGCACGGAUCUGGUAUGGUAUGCCGCUAGUGGUGCAGUUGAGCUGCGUCUUCAAGAUUUAUUGGAAUAUUCACCCGGUCCUAGUGCUGGGAUGGACUGGGCAGCACUUUAUACCGCUGUGACAGCCGUACAUGAUGAUGGGCAUUUGGCUAAGUUUUUGCGGGGGUUGAAGCAUGGCGAGGAGGUUUCGAGGCCUUUUGAGGAUGCCGACGAAAAUGAUAGCUUUCCUAUUCGGGGGGAUACCUGGUUGAGAAUUGCACAACUGGCGUAUGAUAGUACUGUUGACCGGCCGAUUGAGCGGAAGUGGAUUUGGGGUAUAGGGCUUGAAGAGAACUGGGGCCUUGUGUUGGCGACAGAAUUAUAG